UUCUUUUUUUCUUUUGAAUGAUUGGUGGUUUGGUACCAAAUGCUAGUAGUUGUCGCCGCCGAUAGGACAAAGAUCAGGGUGACGGACCGAAUGAGUCAUCCUUCCUCGAGCGCCAUCGAUUUUGCCGCUGGAGAAGCCCGCAAAACCUAGGCGACGCCUACAGAACAGAAGCGCCUUCUUCUUCGCCUCCCACUUGCAAAACCCUAAAAUGGCCCAGGGAAACGAAAGGGGAAAAUCGAGAGUGAAAUGAGACGAAAAGAGGGGGAAAUCCUCUUUUUAUAUAUAUCCUCACAACUAUAUAUUUUUUUAUAAUAUAAUUAUAUAUAAUGUUUUAUACUUAUUUAUUUAUAAGCUAAUAUCCAUGCACGAGUGCACGACCCGACGCUUCCGGCUUCUCCGUCGCACAACUUCUGUCUUGCGCAUUCCGUCGAACACUUCGGGCGCACAGUUGACAGCGACUGCUGCUGGCUGUUGGCCGCUGCGAACCACCCAACUCCGCAUCAGCUCAACAGCCUUGUCCUGCCUCCUUUGCGGACCAGCGAUAGGCCACGUAGCUGGCCAUCGCCAUAGGAGCCGAGCGCGUGCGGUCGGCCAGGCAGCGAACAGGAUCCCUUUGCUAAUGCUGCGGCUCCACGUAGACUCUUUGUCCGGCUUCCCAGACGCACCCUCAGUAUCGGUCCUACUGUUUACCGCAUUACUACGUUCGGUUUCGUGGUCCAGAAUGCAGCGCAGCGCCAGGCGCAGCAAUGUUUCACGGCAUGCCAAGCGGCCGCCAAGUAUUCGCGAUUAAAGGUGGGCUGAGAGAGGAGAGAGGAGAGAGGUGGAGAGAGGAGAGAGGAAUCGAGCGAAGGGUGGCGAGAAAGAGAAAGAGAAAGGGAAAGGGGAAGGAGCGGAAGCGAAGGGACCGAAUCAAAGGUGGGACUUUGCGGCUCUCUUCGCCUCCGCGGCGUCUGGUAAUCCUGAUCCGCCCUUUGCUUGGUGGUUCUCGUUUGCGAAUGCUCGCUUUGUCUUAGUCUCUGAGGUAGCGAGCGGGGAGAGGGAGCAAGGCGCCGGUUUGCCUUUUUUGCUUCGGUUUGAUUUGAUCGGAAGGGAUUUGGUGGAGGAGGUAGAGAGGCACGGGGCGAAGAAGAUGGAUGGUUCAGAGGAGACGUCGGGGCGGGCGCGGUCGUCAUCGGCGUCCCGUGCAGCAGACGGCGCCGGUUUCAGUGGCAGUAUUGAUUUUUCCCGUGGCCCAAACGGAUGCAUCUGGGGUUGGGAUCAGGAGGAGGAGGAAGAGAAGAAAAAAGAGGAUUUUGUGAGGGAGGAGGAGAAGGAGGAGCUACGCCGCUUGCUCUCCUUCGGAAUCGGUGGCAACGGCGCUGGCGGUGGCGCCGGGGAUGUCAGUCUUCGGGAAUGGCUCGACCGGCCGGGACGGGCGGUGGAGCUCCUCGAGUGCUUGCACGUGUUCCGGCAGGUUCUGGAGGCGGCACACAAGCAGGGCGUCGUCGUCGGCAACGUGCGGCCCUCUUGUUUCGUGAUAUCGCCUUUUAACCGCGUCUCGUUCAUCGAGUCUGCUUCUUGCUCCACCUCUGGCCUCGGCGGGUCGUCUUCCUCCGCUCAAGGCGAGGGCACUGAAGCGUUUCCCGAGGGCCCCUCCUCCCUGCUCAGGGACGCCGACGGCAAUGCAGAAAAGACAACCUUCCCAACGAAACCGAUCUUGCUUAUGGAAUCGAGUUGGUACACCAGCCCAGAGGAAGCCGACGGCGCUCCCGCCACAUAUGCUUCCGACGUUUUCCGAUUAGGCGUCCUCCUGUUUGAGUUGUUCUGUGCCUUCGACUCAUUGGAGGAUAAACUGACCGCCAUGGCUGACCUCCGGCAUCGCAUCCUUCCUCGGCAGCUGCUGCUCAACUGGCCAAAGGAAGCUUCUUUCUGCCUGUGGCUGUUACACCCUCAGCCGGACACCCGGCCCAAGAUGAGUGAAGUGUUGCGUAGUGAGUUCCUCAAUCGACAAAUAAAUUUUUUGGAAGAGGGAGAAUCCGUAUCAAAGAUUUCAGAAGAGAUAGAAGAUCAAGAAUUGCUUAGGGAGUUUCUUUUGCAUUUGCAGUAUCAAAAGCUAGAUGUUGCUCAUAGAUUGCAUGACGCUAUUGCUUGUAUCUCUUCUGAUAUUCAAGAGAUCCAAGAUCAGAGGUCUAUCCUCACACAGAAUUCAUUUCUAAAAUUGAACAGAGAUGGACACUCGUCGUCAUUAUUCACAAAAAUUGAUCAACCUGCAAGAAAACGUUGCAGACCAGAUUAUAAGAACAAGCUCAAUAAUUUAGGUUCUGAGGAUCCAGAAUCAGUGACAGAAUUGCAGAUUCAUCAGCAGAAUAUAGCGGUAAGGAGUUCGAGAUUGAUGAAGAACUUCAAAAAGUUGGAGGCAGCUUACUUUUCUGCAAGAUGCAGGAAAUCAAAAUCAACACACAGACCACCAAAUAAGCUCGUGCCAGUUUCGAGGAGUGGCACUGGAUCAGCUGUUUGGACCGAGCGGAGUUCGAUUGACGAUACAGUUCUUAAAGGACAUGGUGGUGGAAGGGAAGGCAAAUGGGUAGUAAGUUCAUUUCUUGAGGACUUGUGUAAAUACCUGUCUUUCAGCAAGUUGAAAGUUAGGGUGAACUUGAAGCAGGGCGAUUUGUUGAAUACCAUGAACUUAGUAUGUUCCAUGGGUUUCGAUAGGGACAAGGAGUUUUUCGCUACUGCUGGUGUGAAUAAGAAAAUCAAAGUCUUUGAAUGCGAUAUGAUUCUAAAUAAAGAUCGAGAUAUUCAUUAUCCCAUUGUCGAAAUGAUUAACAAAUCAAAACUCAGUUGUAUUUGUUGGAACAGUUAUAUCAAGAGCCAGAUAGCUUCGAGCGACUUUGAAGGUGUAGUGAAGGUAUGGGAUGUUACAAGAAGUCAAAGUUUGGCUGAAAUGAAGGAACACGAGAGACGUGUAUGGUCCGUUGAUUUUUCACUCACCGACCCAACGAAGUUCGUUAGUGGAAGCGAUGAUGGUACCGUGAAGCUGUGGAGUAUUAAUAAGGCUGGAAGCACCGGUUCUAUCAGAACCAAGGCUAAUGUUUGUUCUGUUCAGUUUCAUCCAGAUUCUGCAUACUCACUCGCAGUUGGUUCAGCUGAUCAUCGGGUCUAUUGCUAUGAUCUCCGGAACUUGAGGAUGCCUUUUUGUACAUUACCCGGUCAUACAAAAACUGUGAGCUAUGUGAGGUAUCUAGAUGCAUCACAUCUUGUCUCUGCGUCCACCGAUAAUACGUUGACGCUAUGGAAUUUGCCUACAUGUACAACGAGUGCAGCUGACAAUAUACUUCAAACCUUUUCAGGUCAUACAAACAAUCAGAACUUUGUAGGUCUAUCAGUAUACGAUGGAUAUAUUGCCACUGGCUCGGAAACAAAUGAGGUCUUUGUCUAUCAUAAAUCAUUCCCUAUGCCUAUCUUGUCUUACAAAUUUGGGAGUGCCGACCAAAUAUCAUCCCAGUCAAACAAUGACGCCACACAGUUUGUGUCUUGUGUCUGCUGGCAAGGUCAGUCAACGAUGCUGCUCGCAGCCAACUCGAGUGGCAGCAUCAAGUUCUUGGAGAUGGUCUAACUCUUAGUUCCGAGGAAGAAUGAAGACACUGCUGCUAAGCUUUUGAAGCUGUGUAGUUAAAGGGGGAGAAGGUAGAAUUGUGUUGUUUUAUACAAAGAGGGAAUUGUUUUGUAUAAAGCAUUCGAUUUGAGGUACAUGUAACAUAUUCAUAUGUUUAUAUAUGAGUUGAGGAGAGUUAAAUGUUGAUCACAAUCAACAAAGUUAUAUGUGGAUCUUAGGUUGGGAUGAGUACCAUAUGCGAGCACGACUUCUUCGCGAGUGUUGCAACUUUGAAUGGUUUUGUUGAUUGAGGUUUAAAUUGGUUACAAAGGAUCUUUUUGUUGCAUUUCCUAUGAAAGACUCUUCCAUAGAGAUUUUUACUCUUC